UAAGGUUAAUGGAAGCAGAAAAAUAUUGCAUACAAGACGCUCAUUUUGUUGUCUAGUUUGGUAACUGGCAAGUGUACAGACCAUCUACAAAGAGGUGAAUAGUUCUAAUCACAUAUUGAACAUCCAAGACAGCCUUAAGUUUCUGGUAUUACUAUUACCCCUAUUUUCUUUGAGGUAGGUGUUCUAGGCAAUGUCACAGAUAUUUGACCCUAAGGAGUUGGAUGCCAAAGUUAACUCAGCUAAAUUACUAUCUCUUAAGAAGUUUAGAAAAGUAAUCCAACUAAUUUUACUUACCAUACAUUAGUGAAUAAAUUUUUUAACAAUAUCUGUCAAUUCUCUCAUUCUCCAGGCAUCAAUCAAGUGUACUAUAAAGUAAUUAAAUUCUGAUAUGCAUUGUCUAGAAUAACACAGAACUUACUGGUUAAGAACUCAAUUCUUGGUAGCUCCGUGACGGGUUUGGCCUCGCAUGUGCCUCCCACCCAGCGCCGCCACGAUGCCCAAGAGGAAGGGAGUGGACGGAGCGGUGAAGGCAGAGCCCAAGCGGCGCUCGGCGAGGCUGUCGGCCAAGCCCGCCCCUGCCAAGGUGGACGCGAAGCGGAAGAAGGCCGCGGGAAAGGAUAAACCAUCAGACAAAAAAGUGCAAACAAAAGGGAAGAGGGGAGCAAAGGGCAAACAGGCGGAGGUGGCUGACCAGCAAACCACAGAUGUGCCUGCAGAAAAUGGAGAGGCUAAGAACCAGAGUCCAGCCUCUGAAGUCGAAGAGAAAGAAGCCAAGUCCAACUAACCAUCCAUCGUGUCUGUGUCCCCGCCUCCCUUCUUGUACAAUCCAGAGGAAUAUUUUUAUCAACUAUUUUGUAAAUGCGAGUUUUUUAGUAGCUCUAGAAACAUUUUGAAAAGGUGGGAGGAAGUCCCGCCUCAUCCCAUUUUUUAAGUGUAAAUGAUUUUUUUAAGAGGUUAAAUCACUUGCUGGUUGUUUAUUUUUUGGUACAACCAGAAAAUAGCAGGAUACUGAAUCAGGAGAGGCUGUGACUGUCUCGGGGGUCACCAUAACAUUCCGUAGAGGGGGCUAGUUUUAUAUCCUACAACACAAAGCAUACUUGGAGUCUUGGUCGUGCAUUUGUGUCUGGAAUAUUUUCAGUUAUUUCUGGUCUCUUGUUUCUAGUAGAACUGUAUCCUAAAAAAACCACUCCUUGGUCCUUGCCCUGUCAGAACUGUCUCUGGUCAUGGCAGUCCAUUUUCCUAACAAUUGUGAUAAUGUGCUGUGAAAGAUUGAAAUUUUGAAUAUGUACUGUAUGUGGCAUAAAAUUGUGAGUCAGUGGAAUUAAGGAUUGUGAGCAUUUGAUCGUUAUGUGAGGUCUUAGGGAAAACUUGCUAAGUUUAGGAUGGAACAUCACUGGAAUAAGUUCAAAGAGAAAGAAUAUGUGGCUCUUUUGGGUACGUGAACACAAUGUAUGACUCUUAGAGUUUGGGUCCAUGUUUUAAGAAUUGAAAUGUCUGUGUACUCAACCAAUAAAGUCUCAGUUGUGAAAGAGUA